AUGUCAUCUUGGUACCGUCGUUUUAUACCGCAGUUCGCGACGCUCAGCGAGCCCAUAACGCGUCUGUUGAAGAAGGGCAGGCGCUGGGAAUGGGGGGAUGAUCAGGAUCGCGCCUUUCAGGAGAUCCGAGAUCAUUUAGUUACCGCACCGACUCUGGCUUGUCCAAAUUUCGAGAUACCGUUCGUGCUGCAGACAGACGCGAGUUCGGUGGGAUUAGGCGCGGUGUUAACGCAAACGAUAGACGGGGAAGAAAGAGUGAUAGCGUUCGCGAGUAGAGCACUGGCAGAUCUCGAAACGAGGUACACGGUUACCGAACAGGAAUGCUUAGCGGUCGUAUGGGCGAUUAAGAAGUUUCGACCGUACCUCGAAGGAUACCGCUUUACGGUAGUUACCGACCAUAGUAGCCUACGCUGGCUACAUAAUUUAAAGAACCCGACGGGUAAAUUGGCAAGAUGGGCGUUGGAAUUAUUGGAGUAUGACUACGAGGUCAUACAUCGGAAGGGAGCGUUGCAUCAUGUACCGGAUGCCCUAUCGCGAAUGUACGAGGGGGAAAAUACCGACAUGAUACCGUAUACCGAGCACACUAACGCUUUGGUGAAUGCCGCGAUAGAGACGAUAGAUGUAGAAAACAUUACGGACGAAUGGUACCGAAAGCGAUUGAGGGAGGUUAUCGAAACCCCAAAUAAGUUCACGCAAUGGAAGGUGCUGGACGGUAGACUUUACCGCUUAUGUACGAAAUUGCGACUUGUGUCAACGGACAAAGGUGGAUCAGGCAGGUCCGGCGGGUCUGAUGGGACGUCGCAUUGCGGACGGCCCGUGGACCGUAGUCGCGGCCGAUAUCGUGGUCCGCUGCCCCGUAGCAAGGCCGGAUUUCAGUAUCUUUUGGUGAUACAGGAUUUAUUUACAAAAUGGGUCGAAUGCAAGGCCCUAAGAGCGGCCAACGGGAGUAAAAUUAGCGAGGCCCUCGAGGAUUUAGUGAUAUCCCGAUGGGGCGCGCCGCGAUUUUUAUUGACCGAUAACGGUACCGAAUUUAUAAAUAAAGUCCUGAAAACGUUCGCAAAAGAACACAAUCUAACGCACAUUACCGUACCGCCAUACCACCCCCAGGCUAACCCCGUAGAGCGAGUGAAUCGAAUUCUUAAAACGAUGAUAAUCUCGUUCAUAGAUAAAGAUCAUCGAGAAUGGGACGAACACCUUCCCGAAUUUCGGUUCGCUUACAAUACCGCAUGUCAUUCGUCGUUAGGCGCGUCUCCCGCUUUCUUGAAUUUGGGGCGGGAAUUAGUACCGGUCUACUCCCUGAGUAGGCGCACUCAGCAAGCUACCGAAGUUACCGCCGAAGAUACCGCGAAGUGGGCAGAUAGGAUGCGGAAAUUACAGUCAUUGAGAGAAUGGGUAGUCGAAAAUUUGAAUAAAGCGUACGAGAAACAGGCCUCCCACUACAAUUUACGUAGACGGGAUAAAAGAUUUCGGGUGGGAAACCUGGUACUGAAGCGGCAACACGUUUUAUCGUCCGCCGCGGAAAGGAUCGCGGCGAAAUUGGCUCACAAGUUUCAGGGACCAUAUAGGAUAGCGCGGGUGAUCUCUCCAGUUGUGUACGAAUUAGCGCAACUGGACGGGACCCCCGCAGGCAAAUGGCACAUUAAGGACCUUAAAGCUUAUCACGUUCCGGAUACCGUUUUGUAG